UUUCAUUCCAGUCCCUCUACUUCGCCUGCAUCCAUCAUGGCAUCCACCGACGAUUUCGUUAUUUCCACUUUGGUUUACAAUUAUUUAUUGAAAAAAGACUCGUCAAUUGCUAAAGUAUUUCAAACAAAAACACAUGUGAAUCCAUUACCAAAAGGAUCACCAGGCAUCGAAGAAAUUGUAAAGCACUAUCAAAAAAGUUCUCCGAAAAAAAUAAACAUAAAAGCUCCAGCUAAGUCAGCUAAAUCAGAUUCGAGCUCAGGCAGUGAAGAGGAAGAAGUUGCAAAGAAGCCAUUAGUCAAUGGAAAAGCUAAGGCACCUGCAAGCAAUAAACCCGAGUCUUCGUCUGAUGAUUCAAGCUCAGAAGAGGAAGCUAAACCGGUUGCCAAAAAACCUGUAGCUAUUUCCAAGGCUACACCAGCUAAAGCUCCUGCUAAAAAAGAGGAAUCAAGUUCAGAAGAAGAGAGUUCUGAAGAUGAAAAAGCCAAGCCUGUUGCCGUGAAGGCUACUCCUGCUAAAGCUCCUGUAGCCAAGAAAGCAAAGUCUUCAAGCGAAGAAAGCUCCUCUGAUGAAGACGAUAAAGAAUCUAAGACAAAAGCAGUCGCUGCUAAACCAACACCAGUUGCAGCUAGAAUUCCACUGAAACCAGACUCGAGCUCUGACGAUGACAGCAGUGAUGAGGAGGCACCAGUGAAAACAGUUGCACAUAAACCUGCUGCUCAGGCUACACCGAAAGCUGCUCCCAAGAAGGCAGAGUCCAGUGACGACUCGGAUGAUUCCUCAGAAGACGAGAAACCAGCUGCCAAACCGGCUGUAGCUAAACCAACACCCGCGAAAACACCCGCAAAGAAAGAGUCUUCAAGUGAAGACAGCAGUGAUGAUGAUGAUGAGCCACCGGCGAAGAAAGUUGCGCCACCAAAACCAGCUCCAGUAGUCCAACAAAAGAAAGUCGCUGCGAACAAGGGGAAAGCAUCCAGUAGCAGUGAAGAAAGUAGUUCAGAUGAGGAAGAGUCACCCAAGAAACCAGUAGCUAAACCAACACCUGCUAAAACUCCAGCGAAAGCCAAGGAAUCGAGUGACGAUUCCGAUAGCUCUGAUGAAGAACCAGCUAAGCCAGCAAUGAAAGCGACACCCGCAAAACAGGCUAAGCCAGCCGAAUCAAGCGAGGACUCUUCCUCCGAUGAUGAUGAUGAUGAUGAUGAAGAAGAAAAGAAACCGAAGCAAGCUCCUAUUGUCAAAACGCCUGCUAAAAAAGAAUCUAGCUCAGAAGAAGAGUCUGAAGAAGAAGAAGAAAAACCUAAACCUAAGCAGAAACCAGCUGGCGUAGGCGAGAAAAGAAAGCGCGAAGAUUCUGAAACGAAUGGAGUAGCGACACCGGCCAAAAAAGCUAACUACAGUAAUUUCGUAAAAGCUAGCAACGACGGAAGCACAGAAAAGUCACGAAAAAAUGUACCUUUCCGACGUGUCAAGGAUGAGGAGAUCAAGUUGAGCCCACAGUUGGCUAACAAUUCAUUUGAAGCUAAGGAUGGAGAUGGAGAAUCGAGUAACAACUUUGAUAAACAAAACGGCGGUGGUCGUGGACGAGGCGGAUUUGGUGGUAGAGGCGGCCGCGGUGGAUUCGGCUUCCGCGGUGGCAGAGACGGCGAUAACGGCGGAUUUAGAGGCAGAGGUGGCGGAUUCAGGGGUAGAGGCGGUGACCGUGGUCGUGGAGGUGGUCGUGGAGGACGCGGUGGUUUCGAUAACAAUAGAAAGUCUUGGGAUAACAAAGAGGGUGGUGGGUUCAGAAAAUCAUUCGGUGGUGACGGUGAUAGGCGCGGGGGUGGCAAUAACUUCCGUGGCGGUCAACGAAAAUCAUUCGGAGGCGAAAGUAACAAGUCAUUUAAUUCAACACCGACUCAAAAUAAAAAAAUAACAUUCGACGAUUAA